CGGUCCAGCGCUGUACAGUCUUCCCGCGCUGGUAUCUUUAGUGUCUGCAGUCUCAGUCAUCCCAUCUACUGUCCGCAGUGUCUGGUCAUCCCUUGUACUGUCCGCAGUCUCAGGUCAUCCCCUGUACUGUCAUCUCCUGUAGUAUGUCCGCAGUUUCUGGUCAUCUCUUGUACUGUGUCCGCAGUCUCUGGUCAUCUCCUGUACUAUGACCACAGUCUCUGGUCAUCUCCUGUACUGUGUCAGCAGUCUCUGGUCAUCUCCUGUACUGUGUCAGCAGUCUCUGGUCAUCUCCUGUACUGUGUUCACAGUCUCUGGUCAUCUCCUGUACUAUGUCCGCAGUCUCUGGUCAUCUCCUGUACUGUGUCUGCAGUCUCUGGUCAUCUCCUGUACUGUGUCUGCAGUCUCUGGUCAUCUCCUGUACUGUGUUCGCAGUCUCUGAUCAUCUCCUGUAGUACGUCCGCAGUCUCUGGUCAUCUCCUGUAGUAUGUCCGCAGUCUCUGGUCAUCUCCUGUACUAUGUCUGCAGUC